AUGGUUGCCCAGAAAUUUCUCGUGGAUUUGAGCAAGCCCCUUGUGUUCCAGGUUGGGCAUCUUGGGGAAGACUAUGAUGAGUGGGUUCACGAACCUAUCGUAAGCAAGGAAGGCCCUCGCUUUUUCCAAAGCGAUUUUCUGGAGUUGUUCACGCGCACUGCAUGGUGGGUGAUUCCAACCGUUUGGGUGCCGGUUGCCAGUUGGUUCAUUUCCAAUUCUGUCAAAUCAGGCAUUCCUUUUCAUCAUGUUGCUCCUCUCGUCCUUCUUGGAAUCUUCGCGUGGACUUUCGCGGAAUACACCUUGCACCGAUUUCUCUUCCAUGUUAAAACCAAGAGCUACUGGGGAAACACCUUGCAUUAUCUUCUCCAUGGCUGCCACCACAAGCACCCCAUGGAUAGCUACAGACUUGUUUUCCCCCCUGUUGCAGCCGCUAUCUUAGCCGUCCCGAUAUGGAACUUAGUGAAGCUUUUAUGCACCCCUUCAAUUGCUCCUGCCGUGUUUGGAGGUAUCUUGUUGGGCUAUGUGAUGUAUGAUUGCACUCAUUACUACUUGCACCAUGGUCAACCAAAGUCCGACGUGCCCAAAAGUCUUAAGAAAUACCACUUAAAUCAUCAUUAUCGCCUCCAAAACUAUGGCUUUGGGAUCACUUCACCCCUGUGGGAUAAAGUUUUUGGAACGGUUCCUCCUCCUCAAUCAAAGGGAGAUGCGAAACGUAGAUAA